AAUUGGUUAAUAAUUAAUUGAAUCAAUGAAAGUCUAAUCAACCACAACUUAAUAAGAUGAUCACUUCUUAAUUUCCAACUAUGAUUACAAAUCAACUAACAUUGAAAAGAAUGGAGACAAGUACAUAGCUAAACCAUAAACAACAAACUUUAAAUUUAAGACUGAUACAAGAAUUCCAAAAUUAGGUGUUAUGCUUGUAGGAUGGGGUGGAAAUAAUGGAACAACACUUACUGGUGGUGUAUUAGCUAACAAAUUUAAUAUUACAUGGAAUAGUAAAAGAGGAACUCACUAACCAAACUUUUAUGGUUCACUUACAUAAAGUAGUGUAAUAAAGAUUGGUACAUGCAAUACUGAAGAAGUAUUUGUUCCUUUCAAAGAUAUAUUACCUAUGGUCAAUCCAUGUGAUAUAGUAUUUGGAGGAUGGGAUAUUAGUGCAAUGAAUUUAGCUGAUGCAAUGAAUAGAGCAUAAGUUGUUGAAUAUGAUUUAUAAUAAAAAUUGAGACCAUAUUUGGAAAAGUUGGUACCAUUACCUUCUAUUUAUUAUCCCGAUUUCAUAGCAGCUAAUUAGAAUGACAGAGCUGAUAAUGUAAUCCCAGGAAAUAAUAAAUUAGAACAUCUCAAUGUUAUUAGAAAGAAUAUUGCUGAUUUCAAAUAAUUAAAUAAUUUAGAUAAAGUUAUACUUUUAUGGACUGCCAAUACUGAAAGAUUUUGUGUUGAAGAUCCAAAUAUUCACGGAAAUGCUGAAAAAUUAUUGAAAUCUAUUGAAUCAAGCCAUCCUGAAAUUAGUGCAUCAACAAUAUUUGCAUGCGCUGCUUGUUUAGAAGGAUGCUCAUUUAUUAAUGGAUCACCUUAAAAUACUAUUGUUCCAGGAGUUAUUGAAUUAGCUGAAAAAGCUGGAGUCUUUGUAGCUGGAGAUGAUUUCAAAACUGGAUAAACUAAAUUCAAAACCUGUUUAGUUGAAUAUUUGGUUGGUGCUGGUAUCAAACCUAAAGCCAUUAUUUCAUAUAAUCAUCUAGGAAACAACGAUGGAAAGAAUUUAUCAUAAGAAUCAUGUUUCAAAAGCAAAGAAAGAAGUAAGAAGACUUGUGUUGAUGAUAUUUUGGAAUCAAAUAAAGUGUUAUAUCCAACAGAAGAAGAAUUAAAUAUUGAUCAUACAAUUGUUAUAAAAUAUUGUCCUGAAACAGGUGAUAGUAAAAAGGCAAUGGAUGAAUACAUUGCUGAAAUAUUCUUGGGAGGAAGAUAAACAUUUGCAGUUUACAAUGUGUGUGAAGAUUCAUUAUUAGCUGCUCCAUUGAUUAUGGAUUUACUUUUAUUAUGUGAAUUGUUUGAGAGAAUACAAUUUUCAAAGGAUACUUCUGAAUUCUAAAGAUUUGACACAGUAUUAUCUUGGUUGAGUUAUUUGAUGAAGGCUCCUAAAUCAGAGAGUGGAAUUACUACAAUUAAUUCAUUAUCAAGAUAAAGGGCCAUGCUUGAAAAUUUAGUUAAAGUAUGUGCAGGAUUAACAAUUGAUGACAAUCUAAGAUUGGAAGUCAGAUAUGGUGCUAGCAGAUUUUAAUAAUGAUUUUAACUAAUUUGUUUAUAUAAAAUUAAUAAUGAUUAAAUAAAA